UCAAAUUGUGCAUUAGUACACAUCCUGAGAGACAUGAAGAUUGAAAUAAUUUGUUCAGGUAUAGUUAAUCAGACCAACAGAAAAACAGAAGAACAAUUAUAUAAAUGGCCCAGUCUAAAAACAUUGCAUUUAAAGUAAUUGUAACAUAAUUGUGUCUUCUUUUCAAAACAUAAUUAGCCUAUAUGGAUUUUUCCAACCUCAGUCCUACCGAUAAGAAAUGCAAAGAUGCAUUUGAGGAUAUCUGUAUCACUGCAGCUGAAUGCAACGUUGAAGUACUUCAUAUAGAAAAAAAGAGCCUUAAGACAUCUUAAAUUCGUUAUUUGGUUAAUUAAAUCCCUGAGCGAGUGGGAUCUUUCUAAAACUGCGGGAUACAAAUAUUGUGAGUGGGAAACGCAUACAAAAUACAAGGGCGUGAUUUUUUAUUUUUUAUUUGCAGAUAUUUAAUGAAGAACUAUUUUCAAAACAGUAUAUUUAAUAUGCAACUGGGCAAGGAAUACAUAUUUGGGUUUGGUGCCACCAAGGAACGCGCACUAACAUAUCCCCGCGCACGCGUCACCGUGACCUGUAAGUUUUUUUUUUUUUGAGAAACUUUAACUAUUUCCUGUUGAGGUCCACUCAGUUUGAAAUGACGCUGUUCGCACUAAGCCGCGUCAAGGGCAAAGGGGGUAACCGGUCAAAUAAAAGAAGUUCCCGGAAACAACCGCAGAGUGCGGCGGCACGCCGCGGGUCACACUGAGAGAUCCUCAGAGCCUGAGUUCUCUGCUCAGAGAAACACGGCAGUGGAUCUCCCGCCACGCAGAUUACACUCACAGCUCGAGUCAACCAUUCCGAGUCCGACAUGUCACUUCGGUAAAGUGUUUGGGAUGACAGCAACAGGUGAGUGACCGUGGCGUUGGUAAUUGAAGUUAUAGUAGAAUGUCUUCACUUUAACUUUAUUUUUGACCUGAUAGGCUACCAUGGAAAAUGUUAUCUCUGCAUUCAUCAUAAACUAUAUUUUACGAAAACAAUUUUAAUGAAUGAGAGUUAAGUUACCGUUGAGUGAUUUUCUACAGGUUUUAUUUGAAAACGACUGUGCAUUGUUUAUGUGACAUCACAUGUGCUGUUUUAAUUUGUUUGAUGACCGUAUGUAUUGUGUGUGUUGUUGUGUGGAAUCAUUUCCUAGGUGUGAGCAGUGGAUUAGUGAAUCCCGUGUGAAGCUAAAUUUUGCAAACUGCAGCAACUUGAAUCAAGUUCCCGAGCGCAGAGCUUCUGGUGACUUCAGCCAUGCGUGGGAAGGGUUGUCAGCUGCUGGUGUCUCCUUGCAGCGUGUCCCCAUCAUUAAGCAUGAUCAGAGGACAUCAGUCCAAAUCCAUCACAAUAACCAUGUCUUCCCCGCAACGAGACGAUUUCAGUUCCUCCUCGGGCAUGCAGAAAGUGAAAAGAGGAGCCAUUCACUCCAUUGCUUCUGAUAAACAGAGCGGAGGCCAUGUUGUCCUGCCAACCCUGAGCCUCUGUAGACAGGUGUUGACCAACGGGACUCAUCUAAACAUUUCCACUGCAUCCCUACACGUGCCUCCUCAUCAUCCCACGACCAAAACAGUGACGGCCGCCAUACAGACGAGACGCUGCUCCUCUAACAACAGCUUCAAAGCAGGUUGCUCUGUGUCUGGACCGACCAUGGAAGUCUUUGGCCAGCCAGCCGCUGCUAACCUGACAGUGACCAGCAUUCCCAUGACCAUCGCCACAGGCCAACGGUAUACUGCAAGGCCUGCAGCACAUCAGCCUCCAACACAUCCACACAGUGUGCAGAUUCCCCACACUGAUGCCAGAUCCUUGCAUUCCAGAGAAUCCCUGGCAUCCACUACUCUUAGUCUGUUUGAAACGCAGUCAAUGUUUAGUGGCAGACAUGACUGGUCGUAUGGCUGCCGUGUGCUUCCACCACUGAGUCUACCUCAGUGCUCCACCCAAGCCAGCGAAGGAGGUGAGCAGCUCAGCCUUCCGCCUGGCACGGCCAUGUCCGGCACGACCAUAUCAGGGGGCACAAGCACCGCUGCAUCGCUGCCCUCGUACCUUUUUGCGGGAGAUGCUGGAAGCCCGAGGCAGUCUCGGGCGAAGAAGAGAGCACUCUCCAUGUCGCCUUUGUCGGAUGUCAUGGGCAUUGAUUUUAACUCCAUCAUACGGACCUCACCUACUUCACUUGUGGCCUAUAUCAAUGGUUCCCGCAGCUCUCCAGCCUCCCACUCCACACUCUCACCCGUCCAAUCUGAAGGUUAUGGUCACUUCCUUGGUGUGAGAGGCUGCUGCAUCCCCCACGGCCAUCCCUACAGCAUGACAGGCUCUUCGCAGGCUCUGGGCCCUCAGACAGAUUAUGGACGUAUGCAGAUGCUUGAAGAGGGAGGGGGUCUGGAGAGCCAGAUGGCUAACAUGGUGGUGGACCAGCAGUGUCUCCCUGGGGAAGGAGGGUCACUGGUGAGGAGAGCAGAGAGCUGCAGCCAAACCACCAACAACCUGCUGCCACCUCCACAAUUACAGCCAGCCCUGCUGGCUACUAUCCAAGAGGCUGCUACUCCCCUGGGUCCUCCACCACCCUACCACUCACACCAGCACAUCCACCUCACGAGACAGCACUGUAAAAUAAAGUCCCCUUCUCAGUUCCCUUUCACACAAGCUCCUAUGGUUCAUCUCAGGCAUGGGGUAAACUUCCUACCCCAGGUCCCUAUGCUAGAGGAAGAAGAAGGAGAGCUGGAUGACUAUUGGGCCCACGGCUGCAGGUGGCUGGACUGUAGUGCAGUCUAUGACCAAAGGGAGGAGCUGGUAAAGCACAUAGAAAAGCUACAUGUGGACCAGCGGAAGGCUGAGGAUUUCACCUGCCACUGGGUGGGCUGUCCACGCAACUUCAAGCCCUUCAAUGCCCGAUACAAGCUUCUUAUCCACAUGAGGGUCCAUUCAGGAGAGAAACCCAACAAGUGCACGUUCAAGGGCUGCAAGAAGGCUUUCUCUCGACUUGAAAAUCUCAAAAUCCACCUGCGGAGCCACACAGGGGAGAAACCCUACAUGUGUCAGCACUCGGGAUGUGAGAAGACUUUCAGCAACUCAAGUGACAGAGCUAAGCACCAGCGUACACACCUGGACACAAAGCCAUAUACCUGCCAAGUGCCUGGCUGUGCAAAGCGUUACACUGAUCCCAGCUCCUUGAGGAAGCACGUGAAAUCCCACUCUACGAAAGAACGGCAGUUAUGGAAGAAGAUGAAAUCCACUACUGAUGACGCACUGACAGACUGUUUAACCAUCCACCCCCUGCAACCAAGCCUUUCUCCUCUGGCGAGGAUAGACUUGAACUCUCCGCCUUGUGCCUCCCAUGAAAUAUAUUCUGCUGCUCCACAGGGACGAGACUCCUCCAGCAAUCCUCACCUGGCUUUGUUGUGCUGCUCGCAAGACCAAUACAGGUUUGUUGAUCCCUCCCCUCACCAGCUCUUCCCCAGGGACCAGUGUGGGCCCUGCUCUCCCACCUGCCUCCCUCAUCCUCCCAAUGGGACAUCCCUACAGAACAAGCCGGAUCUGAAGCCGCCUGGUCAGCCUCCUGAUGUGGCAGAUCACACUCCAGAGCUCUCGGGGCAGAUUACGAUGCGAUAUUCUCCUCCACAAUAUGGCGGGAUCCCAGCACAGACCAUUUCAAGUCACCUGAUGCAAGGUGAUGCCUUUGGUGACAGCCUCACUCCAGCAGCAAAUAAUCCCAGUGGGGGGGCCUCCUUACAAACGGCUCUUUCCUGCCUCACAGGAUUUGAUGUCCACAGUCAAGCACAGGAUGUGGAGCCUAACCAAGGACUUCACAGAGGGGACUUCUUCAGCGUGGUGGACCACUGCACAAGCCAGAUCUCCUGCAUCUAUACAGAGGGGUGAUAUUACUACUGGCGGGUUUGUGCCUUUGCACUUUUUUGGGUCCCCAUGCCAUUUAAAAGGAGACGGUUCACCCCAAAAUCAAAAAAACACGUUUUCCUCUCACCUAUAGUUCUAUUUAUCAAUCUAGAUGGUGUUGGUGGGAGUAUCCUAUCUUGGGAGAUAUCGUCUGUAGAUAUCUCUGCCUUCUCUUGAACAUAAUGGGACUAUGGCACUUGGCUUAUGUUGCUAAAAGCACCAAAAAAAUAGAUUUUUAAAACUAAGCAAUUUCUUUUUUGCAAAAUCAUGACCCGGUAACUCAAGAUAAUCCACAGUCUUUUUUAUGAGCAGUUUCCUGUGGGAAAUAAAAUUCCCAUUAUACAGGAGAAGGGCAGACAACUCGAUCGGCGAUAUCUGCAAACCUAGAAAAUUCACACGAAAACAAUUUAGAUUGAGAAAUAGCUCAACAGGUAAGAGGACAAAUGUGUGAUUUUAUUUUCGGUUGAACUGUCAAUUCAAGAUGCUGCUCCCUUGGCCUUGAUGGAAUUGACUUUUACAUUCUCUAUGCAAGCUUCUCUCUUCGACUAAAUCUCUAUAAAUGUAUAUUGGCUCAACACACUGGCUUCUGCCUCCAUAAUCAAUGUAUAAGAAUGGCUGAGCCAACAGGAUUUAAAUGUUUACUCUCUCUGUUUUUCAAACCGCUUGUGUAGAACAAUGUUCAUGCAACAAGUACUUUUGGUAGUUUCUGGUUACAUUUUUCACAAUAUUCAACACUGCAAUCAAAGCAAAGUAUGCAUGGGAAGGUUUUUCUUAGAACCAUGGCUUUGUAACUAUAGUAACAAGACAGCCUUACCAUUUCGCUGUAAUGUUCAUAGACAUCACCUGUUGUUUGAGUAUCGUAGUGUUAUGUGCAAUGAUUGCUCCUGUGCCUGGAUCAUACGGUGGAGUUCUGUUGGUGACUAUACCAAUGAUUUUACAUAUUUUAGCUUAAUUACUGCAAAUGACCCUUACUGAACGCAUGGCUUUGUGCUGUACUAUUUUAAACAUUACCUCCCAUCCAUUGAUGUCCAUGUGGUAUGAAAAGGAAGACUUUAAAACGGGCUUGACAUUUGUAAACUAUCAGUGACGAUAGCUGCUUUAAUUUGUGCCAGUUGCAUAAUUGUUGCAUUUUAAUGCAGGACAGACUUUUUAAUUCAGUUUGCACUUUCAGCUGCAUAGCCAUGCAACCAUAACACGACUAUAUGAGUAUUAAAACAAACAGACUUGCGGAUCACCAUAGGCGUUAAGCACAAACGCAAAUAUGAGGUCCCUGCAAAUGUUAGAUUUUUCUUGUGUCGUGAACCGACCAUGAGGAUUAAUACUUUAGAAAACGACUCAAACCUCAUUGUGACGAGCAGCAGUGUUCAUAAAGUACACUUGGGUUGUAGUACACGGGCUCAAAUAAGCAAGAGAUACUAUAGUGUUUUCACUUUUGAACAUAUUUGGAAUAGAUCAUUAAAAAGACGAUAAUUUGUACCCUUGUUUUUCAUUUGUCGUAUACAAUGUGUCUCUGUGUAAAAUGAAGAUGCACCCAACUCUUGUGGAUCUGUUUAUUGAGGCUAAUUUAAUUUGUUCUUGAUUGAAAUUGAAUGGACAAAACUCUUUUAGUUAAAAGAAAUAAUUCUUUUAGCAAAUGAGUGUCAAGCUUCAGAUGGGGGUUUCAGUAGUUGCCUAGCAACAACAAUAGCGUUUCCAAAAAGCAUCUGUUUAGUACUGCUAACCAAAAAUAAGUGUUGUGGACGAUGUGAAGACAGGUGGUUAGUUAAGCUCUGUAUCUAGUAGGGAUACAUUUAAUUCAGUAUUUAAUUGUUCAGGAGGAGAGACACAUCCAUCAAGAGGAGUUAUCUUUUCAAUAACAAAGUAGGGCAGUGAGAAUAAUCUCAAAAUGCAACACGAUUGUCAUUAAAUACACUGAAGCACAGAAGAAUGGUAUUAACUCUUGGCCUAUUCAGCCAUCUGGUGUGGUCUAUACUGGGAACUGCCCGGGCACACUUGUGGUUUCUAAUCCACGCAAAAACUAAUGUAUUACAGGUUGAUGGAAGACAAUCAUUCAGUCAGCAUUAAUUUUAAAUCUAUACCACUGGUUUUACCCCCAUAUUUCUUUCAGCCCUUGCAUUUACAAUAUAGGUCUGGCUUUCAUUUGGCCAUUAACAUUGUGUUUUUUGUUCAGCUUUUAAAACUGAGAAAUAAAAAAAUUCGAGACAAAUGACAAAUGUAAUUAUGAUCCUUAUUUCUAUGGGGAUUUCAGAACAAAUGUAAAUGUAUUAUCGCCUAC